AAAAUCGCAUAGCAUCCUGGUAACACAAUUGAAAUUGUUAAGGAUAUGAAUGAAAAUGGUGACUGGAGAUCGAAGCGUGAGGGAUCUGUUGACGGCAAAAUUGGGUGGCGACCUUCCUUUACUUCUUGCCUCACUACGGCUGCGAUUAGGUCUCCGACAGUGUUCUCUUGCGACGGAACAACUUGCACUGCAUCGACGCUACCUUGUAUGGUCACGUUCAAGAGCAAUUCGUCAACUUGGGUCUCCCCUUCGACGAGGAAACUCCAAGAGGAAUAUUCCUCUCCGACCGUAGUUUGGCAGCUUCUUCGAACACCGGAGCUCAGCGUCUUUGGCAAAAUAGAGUUGAGUUUGGUUAGGCGAGCCACGACUUGGGUGGGUGAACCUGAGUGAUCCAAUCAACAAAGGGAAGACAAGGGGCCAAAAAAGCCUAAAACCAAAAUCCCCAAACAUUACCUGCGAGUGUGUGGAAGUAGCAAAAAAUGGUGAACAAGAAGCUAUUAAGUCCUUUUCUCCUUUACCUAUCUCUCUCCUCUCUCAUUCUCCUCAUCAUUGUUACCCUAAGACACUGUCUUUUUAACCCCUUUUCCCCAGAUUCUACAACCAAAAACCGAUUUUUUCACAUACCCUGCUUUUGUUUUCUUCCUCUUGUUAUUCAUCCUUUCUCAUCCCCUCUUCUGGGUACUUGGUUUUUUUGUUGGAGAGCAUCUGAGUAUCGAGUUUUUGCGAGAUGAGGAGGGGUUGAAGAAAGAGGUGUCAAGCUUGUUGCAUUGAGGGCUUCCAUUGCUUGGUUCUCUACUUAUCUGCUCUCAGAGAAACGAGGAAGAAACUAGUUAGAGAUGGUGCUAACAUGACAUUAGAUACUAGAUUACAAUCUACUUAUAAAAUGACACUUGGCAAGUGAGAUGAUCUUGUAUGUAGAUGGAAUUUUUGAUUUAACAAAGGGGUGGGUGAAUG